AUGCGUCGUGUUCGGAAACGUACUACUACAAAGUCUUCCGCACCAGCACCUGCCUUCCGCCCAGCUUCCCACCGCGUUCUCUUCGUACCAGAGCUCCUCGAGUUCAUCUUCAGCUACCUCGACCGGGAAGAUAAUGUCAACAACGCCUGCGUGUGCAAACAAUGGUCAACCAUUGGGUUGGAUAUGCUUUGGAGAAACGUUGACAACAUCUUUCAGCUGUUCAACGCGCUGUGUCCGAUUGACGUUCCCGACGUCAUCUCCGGCGGUGGUCCCUCGCGGACGAGGAAGUUCUUCAUGGACUUCGUUACGCGCAUGCCCCGUCUCACGAAACUUGACCUGCGUGUCCCAUUCUCGAUCGAGAGCGUUGAAGACAUCAUCAUUGACACGCUCCUCGCAGGCCUGCCGGAGCUACGCACCGUCAUCUUCCCCGAGUUCUUCUUCACCUCCCGUAUCGUCACCCACCUCGCGACGAUGCAGCAUAUCGGUGUGAUCCAGUUUGAACACGGCGAUGAACAGGGGCGCGGAGACCCCGCCGAUGUCGCGCACUUUGAGCCCAUGCUUCUGCCGGGUGCAUUCCCGCAGCUAUACGACCUCUCGCUAACGGGACGACUCGAGCAUCUCACGGCGUUCAUGAACGCACCCACGGCGCCGAUCAACCUGACGCAACUCUAUCUCAACUCAUACUGGGCGCAGACGCCCGCGGAAGUGCACACACUCUUUUCCGUCCUCGCGGACUCGUGCAGCUUGCUCAACGUGCUCGUGCUCGAGCUGCUGCAUAUCCCGCCGGGCCACUUCUAUGUCCAAGGCCCGCUGGCUGAUCUGGCGCCCGCUCUGUCUCUACCCAACCUCACGCACUUUGAGAUUAUGCAUGGAGCCCCCGUCCACGUGACCUUUGAGCAACUCGAGAAGCUCGCACAGAGCUGGCCCUCGCUUGAGCUCCUCAAGUUAAACCCCGAACCGCUUCUUGCACUCGACGGCUACCCCGCGUUGGGCCUACGCGCACUGAUCCCAUUCGCUCGGCACUGCCCGCGACUGCACACCCUCGGACUAUUCCUCGACGACGCCCCAACGCCCUCACUCAACCCCUUCCCCUCCCUGCGCACUCUGUACGUCGGCCUCUCGCGCGCGCGCUCGCCGCAGACCGUCGCUCUGGUCCUCUCCGCGCUCUGCCCGCCCGGGUGCCUGCUGCAGUGGGGCACGUCCUGGACGGACCCCGCCGAGUGCGUCGCGCCCGAGAUGGUCGAGCGCAUACGCGAGCGCUGUGCGCCGUGGGAGGAGGUCGCGCGCUUGUUGCCUGUGCUGGCGCGGCUGAGGCGCGAGGAGAGGGCGAGGGCGCGGAGGCUGAAGUAUGAGAAUGAGGAGCUGAGGACGGUUAAUCGGGUGUUGAGAGAGGAGGCGAGGGCGAUUCCAGGUGGGAAGAGGCAGGAUUCGUGCGUUAUCUGUUGAGUGUGCGGUUCACAUUCGUUUCGUGCAUUUAUGUGUUUAGCUAUUGAUAUUUGGAUAUAUACGUACGGGAUAUAAGUCACUCAUUUGCUUUGCUUUGUUUUUGUGCUAUGUUUCUGCAAUAUGAAUGAAAAUACGAUAAUGCUGUAAAAUUCACCCACUCUCCUUUGUCGAGCCCCUUCGAGCAGGACCUUUAUCUUC